UGUGUAGUUGUUGAAGAACGUGGAAGAUAUACUUUGUAGAGGACACCCAUACAGUACUCGCUUCCAGUCUCUCUCUCUCUGUCUCCUUAACCUAACGGACUGUUUCUCUGUCUCUCGGACCGGACCACCACACCUGACAUGGACAACGUUGAGGUGUUUGACUCACCCGGAAAGGGGAGGGGUCUUAGAGCCACUAAAGAGCUGCUUUCCGGAGAUGUUCUUUUCUCAGAACCCCCUUUUGCCGCAGUUGUCUUUGACAGUCUUGCAGACAAGAUCUGCCACAGCUGUUUCCGUAGACAGGACAAGCUGCAGCGCUGUGGCCAGUGUAAGUUCGCCCAGUACUGUGACAAGACAUGCCAGAGCGCCGGCUGGAAGGAACACAAGCUGGAGUGUGGAGCCAUCAAGGCUUUCGGGGCCAUCGGGGACAACUUCGGCAAGGCACCCAAUGAGAACAUCCGUUUGGCCGCCCGCAUCAUGUGGCGCCUCGAUAAAGAGGGCGGUGUCAUGUCAGACAUGCAGAUGACCUCAUUGGAUGAUCUGGAGAACCACAUCAGUGACAUGCCUGAGGAUGAUCUGAAGGAGCUGAAGGUGGACAUCCACAACUUCUUGGACUACUGGCCACGCAACAGCAAGCAACACCGUGUAGACGACAUCUCGCACAUCUUUGGAGUGAUCAACUGUAAUGGCUUCACAGUGAGUGACCAGAGAGGUCUAAAUGCCGUGGGAGUGGGUCUGUUCCCUAACCUGUGUCUGGUCAACCAUGACUGCUGGCCUAACUGCACUGUCAUCCUCAACCAUGGCAAUCAGUCGGCUGUGAAUACUGUGUAUCACUCUCAGAUGAGGAUUGAGCUGCGUGCCCUGGGCAAGAUCGAGCCGGGUGAGGAGGUGACAGUGUCCUAUGUGGAUUUCCUGAACGUGACUGAGGACAGACAGAGACAGCUAAAAAUGCAUUACUUCUUUGACUGCACCUGUGAACACUGUAAAGGUCACAUCAAAGAUGACCUCAAGAUGGGAGGCAAGGUGGUGGACGGGGUAAAGGUACCAGAGGAGCAGGUGAAGGAGGUAACAGAGUACAGUCUGCAGAUGCUGCAGAAGAUGGAUAAGGCUCGCUUGGAGGGGAACUACCAUGAGGUUAUUAAGAUAUGCAGGGAGUGUAUGGAGAAACAGGAGCCAGUGUUGGCUGAUACACACAUCUACCAGCUAAGGAUGUGGAGCACAGCCAGCGAGGUGUUAGCCUACCUGCAGUUUAUUGACGAGGCCGCUGACUAUGCACGCAAAAUGGUGGACGGAUACAACAAGCUAUACCAUCCAUGCAACGCCCACCUGGGGAUGGCAACCAUGAGGGCAGGAGUGACCCACUGGCAGGCAGGGAAGAUAGAGGUGGGACACGGCAUGAUCUGUAAGGCCUAUGCCAUCCUGCAGAGAACACACGGACCCACACAUCCCAUCACCAAAGACCUUGAGGCUAUGCGUAUGCAGACAGAAAUGGAGUUGAGGAUGUUUAGAGAGAAUGAGUAUAUUUACAAAAGUAUGCGGGAGGCUGCCCUGAAGAACCAGCCAAUGAGCAUGAUGAACGAACCUAUGGCGGAGAGCGUCAAGAAUCUCUUCCGCCGGCAGAAGAAGUGAUCUCACACACACACACACACCACACACACACACAGACACACAGACACACACAAUAGCAUAGCAGUGUACACAGUACACACCCUGAUAUCAGUUUACAUACAGAUUGUCAGAGGAAUCAACCCUUCUCAGUUCCAACACCCAUGGCUCCUCACCAACCAUACUGUAGCUGGGAAACCCAUUCCCUCAUAUCCCCUCUCUGUAUCCCCUUGUCAGCUACACUGGUGUGAAAGAACUAGUAAAAUCAAAUUCCCAAAACACAUCCACCAUUGCUUUAACCCAACUUGCAUUUUCAAAAUCACUAGAAAUUGGAGAAGCCACUUUUAAACUAUUAUGGGCCCUUUAAUGGAAGGAUUCGGACCCGUCUGGUAACCCUUAUAUUGUAACAGACUAGAUGGACGGCCCUACCAAAGCUUUAAAGCUAGAAUCCUUAGUUGCUAUAUCUAUUUUUGGACUUAUAAAUCAAUUAUAUAUACCUAUUGAUUCUUGAAGAAUAUAACUUCUAAAUGCCUCAUGAGCUUAGUUCAACUGUCACUCCAUGAGAACCCAAAAUAUAAGCUUUUUUACUCCAAUGUUUGUAAACAAUGGAAAUGUAAACAAACACUGUAUAGCUUUAAAACAUGGGUAAAACUAUAAUUAUUAUAUUGUGGAUGGUCAGUCCUUGCAUCCAUAGCUCUGUAUAUCAAUUUGAGAGUGGUUAUAUUUCUCCAGGCCCAUCUAUCGGCUUCAUACCAAAACAGAGGAGGGGUGACCGCUUUGUUAUUGUUUCAAUUAAGAAUUCUAGCUUUAUUUUCUACACUGCUGGGCUUUUUUAACUUUAUAUAAAAAAAGUAAAGUCACAUUAAAAUUGUUGAGAAAUCAA